CUCCUCUCCCCUUGGCUUGGCUCCCCGAUUCGGUUCUUUUCUUCUUCGCACAUCGUCGCUGUCCGGCCGUCGCGUCGACUGCUGCCUCUCUUCCGGUCAUCCUUCUCAUUGACUCUGUGCAGCAAAAAUGGAUGACGAGAUGGUUACACUGCAUAAUGUAAUGCCUGUGGAUCUUGCUCUAAAAAGAGAAAUGGAAUAUCGACAUAAAAUGGAGGCCUUGAAAAACCAGCAACUCAAUAACUUAAAUCCUUUGCUACCUUCUCAAUCCCAAGUCACAUCUAAUCCUUUGCCACCUUCCCAAGUUCAUCCCACAAGUCAAACAAUCUUAAAGAGAAAAGAGCCAUCUACAAGUGGCAUAAAACCGAAAAAACCAACAGUCAGACUUGUUUGCAAGAUUUGUGAGAUAACAUUUUGUACAGUUGUUCAAUUGAAGGAUCAUGCGAAUAGUGGGAGACACAAAAACAAUAUACAACAAUUGCAGAAAAGAGGGGAAAAUGUUGCCACUCCUUUUUUAUGUGAGAUUUGUCAUGCAUCUUGCUCCAGUGGUAUUGUAAUGGCAGCUCAUCUUAAGGGUACAAAGCAUGCUGCUGUUCUUAAGGAGGUUGAGAAAGCUAAAAGGGCUAGACCCAAAGAGGGAUUUGGUCCAAGAAGGUAUUGA